GAGGGAAGGCAGCAAGACUAUAAGAAGUGUGGGCUGGACAGGAGGCAGAAAGCCAGCAGAGCCGCAGAGGAGAUGGCCAGCUGCCUAAAAGCCAUCUGGAUCCUGAGAUCUCAGAGAGUGGUCUUUGGAGCUGCCCAACUCCUCUGGUUCGGUGCUUUGAUCUCUGAGCUAACAAACCAGAAGGAAGUGACAGCGUGGACCUAUAAUUACAGUAUAAAAGCAUACCCGUGGAAUUACUCCCGGGCAUUCUGCCAGAAACACUUCACAGAUUUAGUGGCCAUCCAGAAUAAAAAUGAAAUUGCUCAUCUCAAUGAAGUCAUACCCUACUACAGCUCUUACUACUGGAUUGGGAUCAGAAAGAUCAAUAAUAAGUGGACCUGGGUGGGAACCAAGAAGGCUCUCACGGAGGAGGCCGAGAACUGGGCUGACAACGAGCCCAACAACAAGAGGAACAACCAGGACUGCGUGGAGAUAUAUAUCAAGAGUCUGUCGGCCCCUGGCAAAUGGAAUGAUGAGCCCUGCGGGAAAAGAAAGCGGGCCCUGUGCUACACAGCCUCCUGCCACGACAUGUCCUGCAGCAAACAGGGAGACUGCAUCGAGACUAUCGGGAACUACACCUGCUCCUGCCACCCUGGGUUCCAUGGGCCAGAGUGUGAAUAUGUUAGAGAGUGUGGAGAAUUCGGCCUCCCUCAACACGUGUUCAUGAACUGCAGCCACCCUCUGGGAAACUUCUCUUUCAACUCACAGUGCACGCUCCACUGUGCUGAAGGGUACGAACUGAAUGGACCCAGCCAGCUGAAGUGUUUGGCUUCUGGAAUCUGGACACAGAAGCCCCCACAGUGUGUAGCUGUGCAGUGUCAGCACCUGGAAGCCCCUGACAACGGAACCAUGGACUGCGUGCAUCCACUCGCUGCCUUUGCCUAUGGCUCCCGCUGUACAUUUGAGUGCCAACCUGGCUAUCGAAUAAGGGGCCUGGACACACUCCGCUGCAUUGGCCCUGGCCAGUGGACUGCGCCCUUACCGACCUGUGAAGCCCUUGCAUGUGAGCCACUGGAGAGUCCUGACCAUGGGAGCAUGGAGUGCUCCCCAUCCUCAAGAGCCUUUCAGUACAACUCCAGCUGUAGCUUCCAUUGCGCGGAGGGUUUCCUGCUGAGAGGAGCUGAUGUGGUUCGGUGUGCUGACUUGGGACAGUGGACAGCACCAGCCCCUGUGUGUCAAGCUGUGCAAUGCCAAGACCUUCCAGCUCCCCGCAGGGCCCAGGUGAACUGCUCCCACCCCUCCGGAAGCUUCAGAUACCAGUCAGUCUGCAGCUUCACCUGUGAAGAAGGCUGGCUCCUGGUGGGAGAAGGCGAGCUGCGGUGCUUGGCCACUGGGCACUGGAGUGCUGCUCCCCCAGAAUGCCAAGCCGUUACUUGCUCACAUCUGCUGAGCCCUCAGAAUGGAACAAUGACCUGUACCCGACCUUUUGGAGAGUCCAGUUAUAAAGCCACCUGCCAGUUCAUCUGUGACGAGGGAUUUUCUUUAUCUGGACCUGAAAGGUUGGAUUGUACUCCAUCUGGACAGUGGACAGGCUCCCCGCCAAGGUGUGAAGGUGUAGCGUCAGUUUCUACCUCCAAGGUUCGAUGCCCAGCCCUUGUUGCUUCUGGGCAGGGAACAAUGACCUGCAGACAUCCUGGGGAAACCUUUGGCUUGGAUACCACUUGCUACUUUGGAUGCAAAGCUGGAUUCACCCUCACAGGAGACAGCACCCUCAAGUGCAAGCCUUCAGGACAAUGGACAGCAGUAACCCCAGCCUGCAGAGCCAUCAAAUGCUCAGAACUGCAUAUCAACAAGCCAACAGUGAUGAACUGUUCCAACCCCUGGGGGAAUUUCAGCUAUGGGUCAACCUGCACCUUCCAUUGUCCAGAGGGUCAUUUACUUAAUGGCUCUGCCAGAGCAGCAUGCCAAGAGAAUGGACACUGGUCAGCUACCACACCAACUUGCCAAGAGGGGCCGUUGACUGUCCAGGAGGCCCUGACUUACUUUGGUGGAGCUGUGGCUUCUACAAUAGGUCUGGUCAUGGGUGGGACACUCUUGGCUCUGCUGAGAAAGCGUCUCAUAAAGAAAGAUGACGGGAAAUGCCCCCUGAACCCUCAAAGCCACCUAGGAACAUACGGAGUUUUUACAAAUGCUGCAUUUGACCCGAACCCUUAAGAGGCCUAUCUCCCAACCUCUCAGGAUCCUAGUUGGUGAACAUGGAGCUUCCUGCUAAACUUGACUUUAACUGUAGCACAAUUGUGGCAGUUUUCUGUAAACCCCUGGAUAAGGGCAUGGACUCUCCUUUAGACCAACUCUGGACCAGAGCAGAGGACUGUGCCAUGUUCUGACCUCCCCACCCCCCACUUCCUGCUCCACCUCUGCUCUUCCUCCAACACAAGCUGCUGACGCCAAGAGCCAAUGUUUGUGCUGUGGUCUGUGGACUUGAACAUGGCUGUCACUGGAAAUACCAGCUAAUUAAAGAGACCAGAGUAUUUGACUCACCAGGAGACCAGACUGGAGAAAUGAAAAUACCCCUUUAUUUGGGGGUUAUGGAAGGCUUCUCUGCAGUGUUGGAAGCCAGGCACAUCUCUGACUUAAGGAAACCCCAGCAGGAUCUCCCAGAAACUCCAGUGGUUGCUGUCAAUGAGGAGCCUUAGACCUCUGCUGCUGAGGUUUCCAGAGAAACCUGGGAUGGUACCCAAGGCUAAGAAGACCAAGAAUCAGAACAGGAAGCUCCAUCUCACUGUAGAUCUUAUCAAAGGACCCAAAGACCAAUUAAAUGGAUUUGCCCCCAAA